UUUCAAAUGGGUAAACCGCUAACAGCUGAGCUUAUAGUUCAAAAAACCAAAAAUGAUCAGCUUUUUUAAAUAAAAAAUCUAAAUUUAUGGGGAAAUGACAUAGAUGAUUUAAAAGCAUUAAGAUAAUUACCUAAUUUAGAAGUGCUUUCUUUAUCUGUCAAUAAAAUAUCAACUCUUAAAGAUAUAGGAUGCUGUCAAAAAUUAUAAGAGCUCUACCUUAGAAAAAAUUGUAUUAGCGAUAUAAAAGAAUUGAGAUAUUUAGUUCAUUUACCUAAUUUAAAAGUUUUAUGGUUGUAAGGUAUUAAUUUGAAUAAUUAUUUUAGACAAUCCUUGUGCAGAUCAUCCAAAUUAUAGAGAAAUUGUAGUUAAAUAUUUACCAAAUCUAGUUAAACUUGACAAUACAACAAUAACAAAUGAAGAUAAAUAAAAUGCUUAAUCUGUCAAUAUUUUAGAAGAUGAUUUUGAAGAACAAACUUAAAAUAGCAAUAUUUUAAAUAGACCAAAAUCUAGUUUAAAAGAAUCUCCUAAAAAACAACCUUAUAUUUUUAAUUAAUAAGAAUAAUAAAGGUCUGUUACACCUGAAAUCACUCAAAAUCAACAGAAUAUUUUAAAUAAUAAUAAGAAUAUUGAAAGAAAUGAAAAUAUUCUGUGUGCUUUGUUAUCUUUAAUUAAAGAACUUGAUGAUAGUUCUUUAGAAGUUGUCAAAAAGGAAAUUGAUAGAAAAUUACAGAAAAAUAACCUUAAGCGAAUUCUUUGAAUUAAUAUAACAG